GUAAUCCUACACUUGAAGAUCGUGAAAUGUUUUGUGAAAUUCAUUAUAUGGAAACUACUAUAGUACCUGAUGGUAUUCAAAAAGGCUACCCAACAGAAAUUAACUUUGCAUUACUAAACUCCCGUAUUAUUCAAAUGAAAGAUGAACUCUUAAAUAUUAUUAAUAGAAAAACAAAAAGUUAUUAUUAUGACUUUGCUCUUAGAGUUUGUAAUGAAAUUGGACAAAGAAAAGCAAGUAAUCCUAUGACAAUAAUGGGCCGAUAUAAUACUUUUAAGCCAGGAUAUUAUAGUUCACGAGGAUUAGAUAUUAUUAGUAGCGUACUUUCUGAUCUUUUUUUAUAUACAAAUGUUCUAACUAGUGAUUUAGCUUAUCCCAAAAGUCAAAUAGACUAUUUACUAGAAGUUUUAGUUCCAGAAACUGCAUUGCGUUUAAUUUCUCAAGACAGGGGUAAUAUUGAACUUGAAGAUGCAAGAAAAAUUAUGGAAGAUAGUAGUUCUUUUGAAGUCAAAAACAUUGCUUAUUCUUAUUCGGAUUUACCUAAUAUUAAAAAUCUCAAACUGCUUAAAGAU